AUGAAAUACAUCAUUGAGCAUAUGGAACCGGAGUUCAGCGAGUGGGUUACUCUAGAGUAUGCUCAGAUCAUCCGCGACAUAGGUGCGGACAACCUAAUAUUGUCAUCGUUGCCUGAAGGCACCACGGCGAACGACAUCCCAGCAAAGCUACUUCACAUGGGCCUAAAAUGGACCACCAAGGACUUGAACCACUUGACCGAAGCGUUUACCGAUCUGGAACCCCUAAGGAACCAAAGGGUAUGCCUUUUGGACCCCAGAGCGGACCAGGACCUUCAGCCAGGCGAGUCGUCAAAGUUUGACUUUUUCGUCUUCGGCGGAAUCCUCGGCGAUCAUCCGCCAAGGGACCGCACAACCGAGAUCAAACUUGCAUACCCUGAUCUAGUGGUUGGCAGAAGGCUCGGCGACAAACAGAUGACGACGGACACUGCAAUCAGAACCACUCAAUUGAUUAUCGAAAACCAACAGAAUUUCCAAGACAUCAAAUUCAUCGAUUAUCCCGAAUUCAGAUUCAACAAAAAUGAAGCGAUUGAGAUGCCCUUCAGAUACGUUCUGGACGCCAGAGGAGACCCUAUCCUCCCAGACGGCAUGCUUGCACUCAUCAAAAGAGAUUCUGAACAAAGUUUAGACGACUUACUCUAG